AUGACGACUGCUGCCCCCACGAAACACAAGUUCCUCGUCUACGCCCCGGAUAGGGCAGAGGAGGGGACUUUCGAGAAGCGGAUGUCCGUCCGGCCUGCGCAUCUCGAGAAUGCGUCCUCCCUGAUCUCCUCUGGCGUCGUGGGCGCGCUGGGGACGCCAGAAUCGGUGACCUCACCCAACAAGAAACUGGUCGGAUCGGUGUUGAUCGUGGAGGCAGAGAGCAUCGACGAGGUCAAGGCUAAGGUGGAGGCGGAUGUGUACUACACGAACGACGUCUGGGACAAGGAGCGCUUGGUCAUCCUCCCCUUCUUCCCCGCGCCUGGGAUCAACAUCUGA